AUCAUCGACAUUAGUUCAGAUUUGCCACCCACCUUAUCUAUAGUAGCUGUCAGAGGAUGAUAUAAGCGAUUUUACCAUGUAAACUGAUUAGCACAUGUCUUCUGUGUAGACAGGGGACAUAUUUGAAACAUGGAUUUGCUCUCUGUGGUGUCGGAAAGACUGUCACUUCCUCGACAUCAUAUUGGAUGUCUAUCCAAAACUCGAGUCGUCUGCAUUGUGUCCCAUGAUUGGCUGAAGCACCUGAACCAUGGCAAGGUCCCCUCCCUACAGGGGCUGGAUGUUCUGGGUCAGGCUGAAGCGGAACAGUAUUUGGCUGCUUCGUGCAUCAAGUUCUCAAAACCUUGGAAGAAAAUAACAAUCAAAAUAAUCAGAAAAACACAGGAAAGGGUUUCCAGACUCAGGGAUGGUCCACUCUACCCUACUUCAGUUGCCAAAUCUCUCUUUGAACAUUUGUCAAAUGUAUCACAAGAGAAUGUCAGGAACAUUUGGCUGGAUUCCUACAAGAAGUUCCGAGGGCCUAAACUACAGAUGGACAUGACAGCAACAGAAAGUUUUUCUUCCUUGCUGAAGCAGUACAUGUGGAGAUUCAAGCCUAAUGUCUAUAUAGACCUUGACAACCCGUCAUCAACACCGGGCACUGGAGACACAGACAGAGACGACAAACUGACCGAUCACAACGUCCUCCCAAUCACCGUGUUCCUGGAGUCCUCGGAACACAUGUUCCUCAUCCAUCCGUUCAUCCCCUUCACCCUGUGCAACAUCAUAUCCUACAGCCCAGCCAUAUUCAACUCCUCACACAUGCUGACCCUGUUCCUCUUGUACCAGAUUCUACAGACAAUGAAAGCCUUCCAUGAGAAGGGGCUCUCAGUUGGGGACAUCGCCAUGCAAAAUAUUUUACUUGACAGUAAGUUCUGGCUGUAUGUGACAGCACCUCAGAUUCAUUCCUUACGAUCAUCAUAUCUACGAGGUGGUAGACAGGAAGAUGUUGUGGAGACAAUAUCUGAAUCAAAAACCUUAGCGACUGUGUCGAAGUCAUCUAUAUUCAGUUCCAGUUUGACUGAAAAAUUGUUAGGGAGCAGUACACCAAAGAUUGAGAAAGGAAAGAAGAAUGGAAGCAAGAUGUCCAAGCAGUAUGGUUCUCCUGGUUGUGAUGUGAUUCAAACCUCAGGGCUACAGCAGCUAUCAUCCUUGCAUAGUCCUAUUGAUCAGCAAGGGGCACCAUUGUGCCCCGAGGGAGAGAGGUACUGGACAGAAGCCAGCGCAUUCCUCUCCUCGUGUCAGUACAGACAGUAUGAGGUGAACGACCUACCCAGGAUUGUUGACGAUUGGACAAACAGAAGGAUCACCAACUUCAAAUAUUUGAUGAUACUGAAUCAUUUAGCAGGAAGAAAAAUGGGGGACCCAAAUAACCACCCGGUCUUACCCUGGAUAAUGGACUUUACUAGUUCUAAUGGAGGGUUCAGAGAUCUAUCCAUGUCAAAGUUCCGCCUCAACAAAGGCGACAGUCAGCUUGACUUCACUUACAACAUGAUGCCAGCUUUGUCUGAUGACGGGGAUCAGGUGCCACACCAUGUGUCCGAUGUGUUGUCAGACAUCACAUACUAUGUCUACAAGGCCAGGCGGACUUCCAAGACUAUCCUGUGUGCUCAUGUGAGAACCAAGUGGGUGCCCCAUGAGUACCCCAGUAGCCUUCAGAGGCUGCAAGAGUGGACGCCUGAUGAAUGCAUCCCAGAGUUUUACACCGAUCCAACUCUGUUUGCAUCAAUCCAUGAGGAUCUCCCAGACCUCGAGAUCCCACACUGGAGCUCGUCGACACAGGACUUUAUCAUCAAACACAUAUCAGCGCUAGAGAGUGAGAAGGUGUCAGAGGAUCUUCAUCAUUGGGUUGAUCUUACAUUUGGUUAUAAGUUGAGUGGCGCUGCGUCAGUGAAGGCUAAGAACGUGUACCUGCAGCUGGUGGACCAGCAUCGGAGCAUGUCCAACCACGGAGUGGUGCAGCUGUUCAGUCAACCACACCCCCACAGGUUGCCCCUGGCAACAGUCUUCCAGAAACACCCUCCCAAGGUCACACGGAACAUGAUCCAGUCUCAGAUGAUUAUUGGUCAAGGGUUCUUCUCAGAUCCAAAUGAAGCAGCAGGUCUUCAUGAGCCAAGCUCUAUGGGGAGUUUCGACAUGCUGGACCAGCUGCGGCCAGAAGCUGCCUGCAUACAGCUGCCCCGUGACUUCUGCCCCCACGCUGAACUCGACUACAUGGAGGCACAGCUGGCAUUCUGUAACAGAACCCUUCAGCAGAUCUCAGAUACAGGCAACAUUAAGGAACCAGGUGCCAAGGACACUGAGCUGCCUUGUAUUGUGUCUGAGGACAUGGUGAAGUUCUCAUGUCUCAUGUGCGAGAUGUUUCUGUCAUCUCGUCUCAGGAUGAAAGACACCUAUGUCUCUCUCACUCGGAGAUAUGACAAAAUUAUGCAACUUGCUGCUUCCGAUUUUUCUGAGUUGCCAAGACCCCUCCAUAAAGCAGUUCACAACCUGAUCCACCGGGUACAGAAGAAGCCACACCCUUUCCACCAGGGAGAGUCCACCUUCAAGUUCCCGUCUGUCACCAAGAACGGACUCCCCCCACCCACGCCCGCUCUUCUCCUGCAGUCCUACACUGGGCUGCUCCCCUUCCCUACCUACUUCAGCGAGCUGUACAAGUGUCUGUGUCAACUUAAGCAGAAGGAUGCUGAAGCUGACCACAUCCAGUUCAGUAACAAGCUGCCGUCGGAGAAGGCCAGUUUGCUGAAGCACAAGGAGAGAGAGAAGGUCCCAGUGUUGGAGCAGUUCCUCCUCAAGUACCAGGGCAAGCUUGGCAAGGAGGGGCUCGAGCUCCUGCUGCCAUACAUUGAAGAGCUGUUCCAACAGGAAACCACCACGGUCCAAGCAGCAUGGUCCUUCUUCGGGGUGAUCAGUAAGGAACUAGGCCCGCUGGACACGGCCAAAAGGUUCCUGCCAUAUCUUACAAGUUUGUACACAGGAGAGAACUCGACUGCCAAACAUGUGAAGCUGUAUCAUCGAAACUUCCUAAUGCAGCUGAUGGUGAGGUUAGGUUUGAAGACGUUUCUGUCCAAUUUCUCUACCUUGUUGGUAGAGGCUGUCGCGGGGUACAAAGACUUCCCUCUGCCCAGUAAAUACUAUCAGGAGGAGCUGAUUGAAGAGAUGCAGAGGGAGGCUGAGCUGUCUGAAAGAACAGCAGUGUGGUCGGAAGGGACCAAUCAGAAGUCAGACAAUGUGGCAACCACCAAUGGGCUUUCAGGAGAGGGUUACCUGGAUGAUGAGAGCAGUCAGUCAUGGGAUGUUGGUAGGGAUGAAAGUACUCAGGGAGAUGUUGACGACAUUGAAGAGGAGUUCCCAGAUAAUAUUUUGUUAAAUGAAGAUGACUGUGGUACAGAGGAGUCAAAGAAGAAAUUGUCCACGGACUCUGUCAGUAUAGGCCAGGUGUCAAGCCUGAGUGAUGAGAGCGGGGACGGGGAAAGCAAUGGGAUGGGGAUAGACACUUGUGAUAGGACAUCCAUAAACAGUGCAUACAAUCUUCUUGACAGAGCAAGGGAAAAGACUUCUUCAACCACUGAAAGUGAUGCAUGGUCGGUGGGAGAGAAUGUGGAAGACAAUGCUCCGGUGUUUGAGAGCUUCAGUCCAAUCCUGGACACAGAUGAUGUGCCAAAUGGGUCCAAGUUUGAUUCAGGGAAUGGUGAGGAUUCUAUAGACUCUGCCUAUGACAGGAGGCAAGAUGAUGAUGCAAGUGAUCAGACGGAUCUCACAAUAGAUGUCUCGGAUCAGAUGGUUCGGAGUGAGACUGAAGAUAUUUUAGCAAACCUUUCUGUGGCGAGUCCGGCAGAAAUCGUCAACAUCCGUGACAUAUCGGCAGAGAGUGUCAAGUGGCUGUCCAACAAGCUAGGGCCUGUCCUCACAGCCAAGUUCUUGUCCCGGAACCUGGUCCGGAUGUUGGCGCUCUGCUUCCUGGGACUCGAGCAGCUGGAUGAGUAUACGGAUCCAGCUCAAAAGAACCUGCAGUCGUCCCGUCUGGUGACAGGUGACUCCCAUGCUCUCAAGGUGCUGGAGUGUCUUGGCUACGUCACGUUGGUGUACGGGGAACACGUCAUCCUCGUACAGUACCUCCCUACCAUUGUGGAUAUGGUGGCCGUAGCUCAGAGGAGGCUCACCCAGCGGUCGGAGUCAGGAUUGUUUGGUGGGGUGGUCCUGCUCCGAUACAUCAUCCCUUUCCUCUCAGUCAAGUCUCUUAUGGACAAUCUAGACGACACAAUUGUGAUGGAUUCCCUGCUUCCUGUGAUCAAGCUGGUAACGUCACCUACCAUUACGUUUCCUGGGGGUGUGCGCGCUCGAUCCAUCCUCUGUCACAAAGUCAUUGACGUCCUGUAUGUCAUAGGGCUCCGUCUCGGCCUGGAAAUGACACGCAAGCAUCUCUCAUCUUCCAUGCUCAAGUUGUUUGAAGCCUUUUCAGUCAUCCACGGGAAUUCGUCCUCGCCGCCCAAUGGUCAGAUAUACAAGAGCGGCUCUCUCUCUCCCACUGGGAUAACCCUGGGUGGCAGUGAGACGUCCGAGGAAUCCUACCUGAACAUCAAGAUGGACCCCUCGUCCCAGGAGUACAAGAUCGGCACACCCAUCAGCGCCAGCGGGUUCAGUGGCUACAUGUCCAAACUGAGCAAGAAGGCGCCAUCCAACAAGUUCCACAGCCUCACAUCACUGGGGGCCAUUGAUGACAAAGAUGAUGUUGUGGACUACAAGCCGUCGACCAAGGAGGGAGGGCUGCAGGAGCUAGCUGCUGUCUUCACCCCUGAGUUGGCACUGGCGGCCUACAUACCACUGUGCAGGAUAUUUGGCAGUAUACACAUGGAGGAACACUUGCCCAACGAUGACCUUAUCCGACAGUUAUGCUCCCAGCAGGACACAGUGAUGGAUCAGAUGGCGGAGAUGCAGGAGAACACUGCCGUCACUAAAUCAGUGUCGGAGGGUAUGGAGUGUGACGACACGUCAGUGACUGGUGCUAUAGGCAGCAAUGUGCAGAUGAUCGGUAACCGAAUACAACUCAGUCAUGAGGUCAGGGAGACCAGUCCUGAGCUCAACCAGUUUGGUCGCGGAUAUCGAGCAUCCGGCAUCCUCCGCAUACAUCCAGAUGAGCUUAGAUGUGAGGAGAUGGAACACAGCCGACAGAGGCACCUGAGAGGCAACUGGCUGGCCUACUGGGAACAUGAACUGGGGUUGCAUGAGCGAGACACAAUCUUCAACUUUAAACAGAUCAAAUUGCAGACAUUUCAAGGCCACACAAACAGCAUCCGGUCUCUGUUUGUGAUGGACAAUGAGAACUGCUUCAUCAGCGCCAGCAAGGACAAGACAGUGAAGCUUUGGUCACUCACUAGCUCCGGGGAUGGAUCAGGGAAAAUGUCUUUCCAGUGGAGCUACAGCCAACAUAAGAAGUCUGUAUUUUCUGUGGCCUACUUGGACAGCGUCAGACAAGUGGCCUCCUGUGAUAGUUCUGUACAUAUAUGGGAUCCAUUCACUGGUGUGAAUAUAGUCCAACUAGAGUCCUCCAAAUACGCCCCUGUUGUGGCCCUCACUGCCCUCCCAGCGCCCAGCACCCUUGUUGUCACGGCAACCACGGAGGCCACACUCAGGUUCCUUGAUCUCAGAGUAUCAAAAUAUGCACACGAGUUUAAGUGCUCAGUUGGAUCAACCGGCUUGAUCCGCUGUUUGACUGUCAGUCAUGAUGGCAGCUGGGUAGCUGUUGGUUUCUCAACGGGAGUUAUCUCCCUUCUGGAUAUCAGCAGCGGUAUCCUCAUGGGGUCCUGGAAGGCUCAUGAUGGGGAAAUAUUACAGAUCAAAGCCUACAGCAAGAACAAGUUAGUGUCUUCAUCAUUUGACCAGACCAUGAAGGUGUGGAAUAUUGAGGAUGGGAGAGAGCUGUGUGCUCUUAAAGGUCCGUCGGAGCCAGUCCACUGUGUGUGUUUCUACAAGAACCAGGUGCUCAGUGCCACCACAGCCAACAGAAUAGGGGUACAUACCUCUGUGGAUGACAGUGCAUCCUUCACAAGCACCAAGUUACGUUCUGACACAUUCAAAGGUGUCCUUACAUCUAUGGCAACUCUACCUCUCAACCGAUCACUGCUGCUGGGAGCAGACAACGGCUCCAUACGACUCCUGUGUUAACACAGACAUUCACCUUCGUAGUCCUAUCAUGAGGAAGAGCAACAGACUCGGACUGUUUUACAGGAGAAUGAUAUGGUAAAAGUCACAGUGGAGAAAGUAGGAGUGUUACAGAUAUUAAACAUUGUUUCAACUUCAGCCUAAUGACACAAGUAUGUUGGAGGUUAUCUUUAUAAAGAAGACCAUAUCUGUUAUCUGUUAAAGAAAGAUGUUGUGUUUGUAGGUAUGUGGUAGCUAUCAACAGAUAUGUCCAGCAGAUUUUGAUCUUUUGAAAAGAUUCUAGUUACCUCUCUUGCCCUGGACAGUAAGUGCAUUAUUACAGUAUUUUAGUUACAUCCCGACAUGUCAGCUUGGUGUGGGAGGAAACAUCUUCCUGAGGCAAGGGAGUUAACUGACUUUGAAAGUCCAGAUUCCACCCUUGCUGAACUAGGCUGGAUUUUCUGGGCUCGGUUGUAGUGCAACCAGUGGCUAUUAUAAGUAAUGGCCCUAAUAUAUCCCCCUACUGACCAAUCAGAUUCCACCUCUCAUAUUUCUUGCACUUGCUUCAAACAAAAUGGCGGCGCCCAGUCAAGACAAUUUCAUCCCUAAUAACAUCUUUAUUGUAAUAAGACAGGUUUUACCUAGCGAAAUAUGCAUCAAAUCACUUGAGCACCUUGAAUAAAAACGUGAAAAGAUUUGGAAAAUAUCGUUCGAUGCCCAGUUGACGAUAGACAUGCUCUGCAAAUCCUGCAAUCAAACGAAUUUGGCCUGGCAGUUGCAAUGUUCUUUAUGAACCGGUUGUCCAUUUCGUUACAGGAUUUUAAUUGGACUAUGCAUAGACUUGUUAGUCCAGCCAAAAUAUAACUCUAUAAUUGAAUCCUAGUUCAGCAAGGGUUGAAACUUGACUUGUCAGGUGACUCCUUUGCCUCAGGAAGAUGGGGAGGAAAGAGCCAAGUGAUGCGAGUCUUAGACAUUUACCACUUUAGUGAAACCCACCAGCAUAGGUUGGUGCUGACAAACCUGGAAACAUAAGCAGGGUGAAUGAGGGAUUCGAACCCACAAUCCUAGGUAUCAGACACGCCUAAGGCAUCCUUACCAUAGAACUAUAGUGAAUAGAUGAAGGUUAAAUAUUCAAGUCACCUUUUCUUUAAUCAAUAUUAGUAUUACUGUGUUUUACUGUGAGGAGAGAUGUGAACCAGCACCAGGAUGGUGAUGGUGUUUGAAAACAUCAUGACAGAUAUUAUCCUACACUUGACUGAUUUGUUAGAGAUUGUACAAGUGCUUCCAGCUAUUGCUGAUUUCACACUGACAUAUUCUUCCUCAUCAAAUAUCUCAAAGUCAGACACUUAAUUACUUGAUUUAUGGAAUGAUUAGUGAAAAAUUGGAAAGAGUACAAAUGAAUGUUAUAUACAGUUUGGUGAAAAGUUUACUUUGACAGAAUUAUUUUCAGAAAGAUCUGUUGAGACACUAAGAUAUGUAGCUGAUGAGAAACACAUGUGAUAGAUGUAAACCAGUGCAGUGAAUAAGAAGUCAUAUGAUUGGUUGUUGUGGUAUUAUUUUAGGGAAAACAUUUUGACUAGAGUCCUCGCCACUUGAAAUAGAAUCACAAAAUACCACGGUUAUUAAUUAACGAAGAUAGCUGCAUGUGUGCUAUUGUUUAUAAAGUGAAAACAAGCCAUUCUGCUGAUAAGGUAACUUAUUUAUAGUAAGGAUACAAAUUGCAAAGUGCAUUUAUUAGAAAUAUCCUUUUUGUAAACAAUAAACAUCUUCAUUGAGUUUUGAUCACAUGGUUAUAAUCCGCGUCAGGAUCGGCAGUCAGGUGACUGCGAGCGGUUAUAUUUGGCACUGCUCACAUUUCGAACUAUGUAAAAUAGUGCUAAAGACAACAUCUCUACAUUUCUUUCUUUCAGUUCAUGCUGGUUAUGCAGGUGCAACGCUAUUGACCUUGUUCGAGAUUAUGAGGACUAUUGCCGGAAUAGCUUGUUUUUGCUUUAUAAGUAUUAGCACAACUGUCUCUGUUAAUUAAUAAUCAUAUUUCAUGAUUCUAUUUCACGUGGUGAGGAUUGUAGAGUCAUCCUGAAGUUUUCUGGUUGUUCUCAAGCUUGAAAUUUUGGCCCUAUUUUCUGUGGGCUUGUAGCACCUGUCUAUUUGUUGUUUGGGUACACAAAUACAGUGGAAGGUUGUUAGGCCUGACCCCUUGCGUCCAGAUACAUUGACCUCGGAGACUGACUGUUAGAUGUAUAUGGACAAUCUAUGUACCCAAUAUUCAUUUGUCAAAGAACAAGGAGUUUUGAAUCAAGAUUUGAGAAGGGUCACCUAACCACUUUGAAUAUCAGGUUCUCCUGUAGUUACUACAGUCAUGUCGUGAGAUGACCAAAACAUGUGAAUGUCCUGUCCUAGUUUUUUGUUUUGAUAUGAGUGUCAUUAUUGUCUCCAUCAACUUCUCACAAAUCUGUCAUAGGUUACUUUCUAAUCUGAAAAUCAGAUAAACAUUCGGAACAGCACAUCUGAUUUCUGUAUCUGGUAAACAAACAUAAACAGUUCUGAAUGGAGAAUAAUAAUGGCUGCACUAGGUUGUGGCAACCUUCCUUUUCUGAACGGCAUAGAAUCUACACUCAAAAUGGUUUGCAACUGAGGGAACAUAUUUUGUGGGGGUUAUUUUUGUUCAAAGUGAAAUUCCUGAAUCAGGAACAGAGGUGGAAAAGGAAUGGUGAAAACCUGGUGACUAAACUAAGAAUGUAGUGAGAAUCAUUUUAGAAAACCAUGUGAUCUAUUGAGCUAAAAACAUUAAUAGUCAUGGUUCUUAGGCACCGCCUGCCAUCAUCAUAAAGCACAUUUCGUUUUUAUUGCGAUUUAAAAAAACCCCUAAAAUAUCUUAUUACUUAAAAACAAUGCGAUCCAAUAUAGCACGCAUUUACUUCCCUUUACAUGUGCAUUGCUUACUGCGCAUCUCGUGUUAUGGUCAUGGUGGCAAUAGGAGUUUGUAUGCUUGUUUAUGUAGAAAGGCCCUUUCCCAAGGCUGAUUGUACACAACUGUUUAUUUGGUUACAUACUAUUUUGAACAAGCAAAAAAAGAAACUGCCCCCCACCACACUAUUUUCAAAGUCAUUGCCUGAGAACAAAUUCUUUUAUUAAUAUAAGGGUUUGUGAGAUCUUGUCACAGAGAGGUAUGUAAUCAAAGUAGAAGAUGUAUGUAUUUAGUUCCAGCUUUGUUUAUUACACAGGUUGUGAUACAUCUCACUAUGUACAACAGAAGGACAUGUUGGAAGAUGCAAUGGAUUAUAUUAUUGAUAUCCCAGUAAUACAUGUGCAAUAAUGGAUGAAAUUGUCAUCCAUCACAAUACUCUUCUCCCAAGGGUUUCUUCUUAAAUAUAGUACUAGUCAAUAAAAAUCACAAAGAGACAUUUUCCACCAGGAUGUUUUGUAUUUUUGAAAGACAUAGAGAACAGGAUUUUAUGGUUUGUACAGUAAAGUCAGCCAUGUUGUAUUUCUUGAGAAAAUCUCUUCCAAAAUAUGACAGAUUCCCACUUCAACUUGUAAAUGAAGUGGCAUCUAUUUCACUAAUAUUGGUACAUUUUCUCUAGGACAUUGUCAGCAGUGCAAUCUCACUCUCAGGCUAAACAAAGUCAGUCUUGUGUUAUUUAUUAGCCAGCAACCGGUGUGUAGUUUUACUCCUUUAUGUCUUAUGUUGAAUAGCUGUACAUUACGUGGUGCCAGAAAACUAGAAUAUAUAUUCUAUUUAAUUUGAAGUUAUUCCUUGGUAUUGUUUAACCAUGACAGUGACAUUUUUUGGUCAGUUAUGAUUCUGGUAUACAAGGUAUUUCAAAUUACCACUCUAAUCAAUUUUUCAUAAUUUCAUCAGUUUUGAUGGCUCCAAAAAUAUGAAAUUAAUGCUUUUCAGAUAUGUCUUUCUGUGAUUAUAUUUAUCUAUGGAUAGUUACUGUUUGUGUUGAACAUUGUAAUUAGUAUGAGUUGAAGCAGUAUCACAAGGGGUAUAUGUGGUUUCAUGCAUCAGACGUUAGGUUUAAUUCCAGGAGCUGAAAAAAACCUAAUGAGGGACGCAUAAAACCACAUGUACCAGAAUAAUACUGCAACAAAUUUAUCUCGCUGACAUGUUUCAAUCUGCCAAUGUAAAAAAAUUAAUACAAAUUGAAAUUUGACAGAAAAUAUCUGUUGAACUGUGGUUAACAUGUGCUAUGUCAUGUGACUCCAUUGACUCAGUAUCAACGUGCAGUUAGGGGCAUCGGAGCGGGGUAUAAGGGAUUUAUUCUCCCACUCAGAAAUCCAUGUGCAGCCUGAUUUCAAUGGUAGGGUAUGAGAUUUAUCCUCCCGCUCAGCAAUUUAUUCCUCUCCCACACUGGAUAUAUAGUAUUUUAUCAAGAUCACAUGAACCGAUCAGAUCUCAACACUCUGACGUGGAGAUAAGAUAAUAUGAUUACAUAUCUUCUUUGUAAAUUGAUAUCCAAUUUCAGUAUUAAUCAAAACAUAUCUUGCCAAGCUUCAUUUCACUAAAUGAUGAAGUUCAUGUAGAACACACACAUCUGUCUAAUAGGUUACUGUUAUAUUACUGUUUUCAGUAAUUUGAUCAAAUUGUUUCUAUGAGAAGUUAUUUACUUCCUGUUAAAUUAAGUGAAUGUGUUGUAACAGGUGACUGGUCGCCUAAAAGGGAUAAGGCCAACCAGGCUUUUAGUAUCAUGCUAAAUUGGUUGGCAGAAUAUUGACAGUUUUGUGGACAAGAAGACAUAUUGGUUAGUUUCCACUAUUGUUGUACUUUAUCAGAUGAUUGAUCCUCAUGUUCUUGGCUCUUGAGUUCCUUUCUUGGUCUUUUUCUCUGUAUGUCUACUUCAAUGUGGAGUUGCUGUCACAUGGUCAGAGUGACAGGGAUGAGGAUGCUUAUUUUUCUUUUCAGCUGAAACUUCUUUGCAAGAGAGCUUGGUCCAUAAUUUGGGGGUGUUUAUGGGGGAAGCCAUCAGAUUCGGACAAAUUUGUGGUCACUUAAAUUCACACAAAUACGCUGAUGCAUGGAAGAUUCUCCUCCCUGGAGUGAGUGUUACUUUGAACAGUAUUCCAGUUAAAUCCCAGCAUGUCAGCUUCAUGUGGAGAACAGACAGAAAUGUUGCAUGUCUUUGACCUUACAACUUUGGUGAAAUCCACGAGCAGCUUGGGUAUUGCAGAUGAAACAAGAAUCAUAAUCAGGUCAUGAACCCAUAAUAAGCACUUCCUGACACUACAAAGGGACACAACUCUGAAAAGCAUAUUGCAGAAUCUUAGAAAACUAGGUCACCUAGCCAUGUAAAUGUGACAUCGAUUUGAGAAUGAGAUCUUGAAAAGAACCGUUCACAAUGUUUGAUGAAUUAUGUGCAAUAAAGAUAUUUGUUUAAUAAUAAUAAUACAAUACUUAAGAUCGACGCUAAGAUUGAAUCCUUCCAAUGUUAUUGGUCAGAUUAACCCAAUAUGCAAGCAUUGUAAACACUGAUGUAAAUUAUACGUCCUGUAGUUAUUAUAUGCCAUAUAUAUGUAUGUUAUGUGUUUACCUGAGCUUUGUAUCGUGUGUAUAUAUAAAUAUUAGAGCGAGUAUCUACAGUUUGUACAAGCCUGUCCGUGUAUAUUUUGUUAUUCAAUUGUUGUAACAUGGCUUUUAGCUAUUGCUUCUGCUCAUCAACUGAAGAAACAUCUAGACUCAUACCAUGCAUCUUCCAGAGACAAGAGCGUCCAUGAGCCUUUUUAUCAAAGUCUUGUUUCCACUAGAAUCUAGGCUUUGAUUCAGGCUAGUGGAUGUGCUUGCCUCGGGAAGAUGCAUACCAUGUUGUCCCUCUGUCCUUCCCAACAAUGCAGCAACAAAGUGUUACAUAACAGCUGUUGGGUGUCAACGUUAGGGGUAAAAGAUGACAAAUAUUGGGAUUGGUUCUGAAGAAUCAAAAGAUUAUUACAGUUUACAAGAUAUCAUGAAUACUAUGAGUUACAUCUGUUAUUUGUGGGGUGAACAGGACUUAAUGAGUUAACAGGUCUUGUGGUGUACGAAUGUUCAUCUCAUAAUAACCUGUACACCCUGCUAUAGACACAUGUAACAAAUUGAUCAUUACGAAUUUACAAUAACACUUGUUUUUGGUGAAAGAUUUUUUAGAGACAAUAAGAUCAAUGUUGUGACCACUAAGCAGUCCUUAAGUUUGGUAACUCCACAUGGAGACAGGUUCAAUUGAUAAGUGAUGUCACAUCAAACAUGAUGAGUAAUUAUAAAUGCAGGCCUCAGCGUUGUAUUUUCAUAUUUUGCUCUGAUCUGAAUGGGAUUUGCUUACAGUAUUGAUGGACCUCAAAUCUUCCUCUUGUGUUGAGCUGAUGCCGAGUGUCUCAGUUUGUUGAACAAUGAACCAGAAACAGUAAUAUUGAUAAAAUCAAACUAUCAGAUUAGCUUCAGUGAGAAGAGAACCAGAAAAGAAAACAAAUUGUCUAUCCAGACAUCUGACUCAUCCUGGUUUAUAAAUGUUUUAUACCAUUGACUAUGUUUAUAAAUGUUUCCCCCACCACUUACUGUCAGCCUUGUGUUGUCCCAUAAAGGGAACAAUAUUAAUAGCCAAGAGUGUAAGAACUGUUAAGUACACUAUCUGGAAGGAAGCUGUUACGGAAGGUCUCCUGAAAGCAGUUUGCUGUCAUGUUGAAGUCAUGGUCAUACAGAUAUAAAGCCUGUUACAAACUCUG